AUGCCAGGGCCACAAGAGAUUUUAAAGACGGUUACCAGCUCCCUUGGUCUGCUGGGUCUACAGAGCCCGCUCGGGCUCCAUUCAUCGGAAGAUGGGUACGCUGCCUGUCCAAAACCCGAGUUGAGCUGCCAGACACGAUUCGAUAGCCAAGACACUUGCUGCUUUAACUACCCCGGUGGGCAGUUUCUUCAGACACAGUUCUGGGAUGCAGAUCCUGCUGUUGGUCCGGAUGAUUCCUGGACGAUACACGGGUUGUGGCCAGACCAUUGCGACGGGAGCUUUGAUCAGUAUUGUGAUUCGUCCAGGCGAUAUAGCAAUAUAUCCCUGAUUCUCGUCGACUCUGGUCGAGCCGAUCUGCUCGAAUUCAUGCAAGAGUAUUGGAAGGAUUUACGUGGAGAUGAUGCCAGCUUGUGGGAGCACGAAUGGAACAAGCACGGCACCUGCAUUAGCACGCUGGAGACUCGGUGCUACACGGACUAUAUUCCGCAACAGGAGGUCGUCGAUUAUUUCAACAAGACGGUCGAACUCUUCCAGUUCUUGCCUUCCUAUGAGAUUCUAGCCAAAGCCGGAAUUGUCCCAUCUCACGAAGAGGUGUAUUCCUUGGAUGAGAUUCAAAACGCGCUGAGAGAGGCUCAUGGAGCUGAGGUCACUGUACGAUGUCGACACAAUUCCUUGAAUGAAAUAUGGUACCACUUCAAUGUCGCAGGAAGACUGCAGACUGGGAAAUUCAUGCCCGCCGAUGCAGUUGGCCCUUCGUCGAAUUGCCCUCGAACAGGAAUCCGUUACCCUCCCAAGAGGUCACCCCCUACCAGACCAAAACCGACCACAACUACUUCGCAUAGCGGACCCGAACCAACAGGCCCGCCUGUUCUAAAAGGACACUUGAAAGUAUUCACUCUGAACCACAGACGGGGAUGCCUUAUUAGCCGUGGUACCUGGUUCACGUCCGGCACGUGCGCAACGUUCAGAGCAAAGGAUAUUGAGGGAAAUCAUUUAGACGGCGGAUUCACUCUGGAAUCCAGCAAAGGACCGUGUACAUUCGAGGAAGACAUCUUCACCUGUGGGCCAUGGAUCAAGAAUCCUGUUAUAUUUCAGCUACUCGACGACGGCAAACUCAGCUUCAACGGAAACGCCACUUUCUUCGCAGACAAAGCGCCCAAGGGACCCGUGCAGAGCAAGAUCUUUGCCUCAAAGGAGGAUCAUCCGAUCAAUCUGGAGAUCGUUUGGGAUGCGCUAUCAUGA